GCACGCAUCGCACGCUGCAGCGGAAGCACUGGCUCUGGCUCGGAUCGGGACGCGCAUUCCAUAGGCUGGGUUUCGGAUUUCGCAUUUCGGCAGUCGUCGUCGCAUCCGUCGGUUCGCUCCGCUUGAUCGGUUGGCUGGCAACGCAAGCUCAGCGGUUUCGCUGCACUCGGCAGUUGUGAUUGAUGGACUGCAGUUGCUCCGCCAGCGCUGACCUCCAACCCUUGACCCCCAAGACAAUCGAAUUCAGUGACUUCUAGGGGUCUCUUUUACGAGGGUCCCGCUGACCGUUGAUUCUAAAAAGAACAGCCAUCAGCGCCAGAAUACAUCAAAUAAAAACGUUCAAUUUCGGCCUUAUUUUCGUGCCCGGUGUUUCCGUUUUCGCCUUUCUCGAGCCUGCCGACGUCGUGUGCGCGGUCUUCAUAAAUUAUACAAGAGCGCAUUUCGCGAACGACUUGCAAAUAAAUAAGCAUUUACGCUUUUAUUAUUGCCCGGCGUGUGUGUUGUUUGUGAGUGUGUUUUGGCGCAGGAGCCGGGGUUCCGCGGAAUCGCUCCCAUGUGGCGCAGGCCGGAGGAAUAAAGCCGAACCGAGGGUUCCCACUUAAAUAUCAUUUUCGCAUACAAUCAGCAUCUAGCCGUAAAGGGCGCUCGUCCCCAUAAAUAUUUCGGAUCCGCUCUGAUUUGUGUGUGCUGAUAAGCCGGUGAUUGCCAGGCACAAGCAGGCCCCCGUAAAAGACAUCUCAAGCAGAAAAUGCCAGGAGACACCGCGGCGUAUACUUAAUCUUGUCAACGGGCCAGCGGCGCGGCUAAAGCAAACAUGAACUGCCUCUGUCGCCCCUCGCGGAUUAUGUCCGUGCGCAUUAACUUGCUGGAUGAAACCGAGUUUAUACACGAGAUCAAGGAUGAUUUGCCCGGCCAGGCUCUGCUGGAUGUCGUCUUCGCCAGGCUCAAUUUAAUCGAGACCUCAUACUUCGGCAUACGUUACAUAGACGACGAGAAUCAGACGCACUGGCUGGACCCUGCGUCGCGUAUUUCAAGACAACUCAAGCCCAAGUCGGAUCCCUAUGACUUGUACUUCGGGGUCAAGUUCUAUGCCGCCGAUCCCUGCAAGCUGCUGGAGGAAAUAACCAGGUACCAACUCUUCCUGCAAGUCAAACAGGAUGUUCUGCAGGGGCGACUGCCCGUGGCCUUUGAACUGGCCGCCGAGCUGGGGGCCUUUGUGGUGCAAUCGGAGCUCGGCGACUACGAUCAGCGGCGCCACUCGAAGGGCUAUGUGUCCGAGUUCCGGCUGCUGCCCAACCAGAGCAACGAGCUGGAAACCCGCGUCUCCGAGCUCCACCAGCAGCUGAAGGGGAUGUCGCCCUCCAGCGCGGAGCUCAACUAUCUGGACAAAGUCAAAUGGCACGACAUGUACGGCGUGGAUCUGCAUCCCGUGCUGGGCGAGGACAGCGUGGAGUACUUCCUGGGCCUGACUCCGAGCGGGAUCGUGGUGCUGCGCAACAAGACGACGGUGGCUCAUUACUAUUGGCCGCGCAUUGCCAAAGUUUAUUAUAAAGGACGCUAUUUUAUGCUCAGGAUAAGCGAUAAAAAUAACGAGCUGAGCACCUACGGAUUCGAGACGCCUCGCAAAUCGGCCUGCAAGCACUUGUGGCGCUGCUGCGUGGAGCACCAUGCCUUCUUCAGGCAGGUGCGAGUGGCCCCCCUGCCCAGCUCGCAGUCGCACGCCGCCGAUUUGUUCCAACUGGGAUCGCGCUUCAGGCACAGUAGUCGCCCGGACAAGCAGGCGGAGAAGGAUGCACUCUCCGCCGGACGAUCGCCGCCCGCCUUCACCCGCACCCCCUCGAAGCGCCAGCCGCGCCGCGUGAUUGAUGACUUUUUCAGCAGCAACGGGAACGGGAGUGGAGCUGGCCACGGAGUAAGUGGAGCCAGCGGAGCGGGAACACUGGGCGCAGACCGGGGCGGCAGCCACAUGGGCAACAGGCCGCUCCCGCAGCCCGGAAUGGGCACCAUCUCCAACAACUACGACAGUCCCUACCGCUCCACCUACAGCAUACCCACCAGCCUGGGCAUCAGACCCUGCCACCAGCAGCAGCAGCAGAACAACAACUCCAGCAGCUACAACAACAACAGCGGGGGCAACCUGCAGACACCUGACUCCCCGAGGAGCACGCGGAGUGCGCCCUGGCCGAGGUCCCAACAGCGGUCCCUCUUCGGCCACAACCCCUCGAGUCCGCGGUCCGUGAGAUCGGCCAGCACGGCGGGCGGGGGACUGCACCACCACCACAGCCACCACAGCCACGGGCACGGCACCAGCCACCAUCCGCACCACCAUUCCUCGUCGGCGGGGGCCACCGCCUCAUCCUCGCACCACCAGCGGCAGCGGGCAAGCUCCUCGUCCGCCUCCCACCAGCAGCAGCGGUACCGCUCCAGUUCCGUGGAGAGCCACUCCUCCAACGACUCGAGGUCCACGCGCAAGCAUAAGCACCGUCAUCGUCGCACCUCUGAUAACGAAAGCGAGCUCUCUAGAGGAUCGGGUCGCUCUGGAAGAUCAGGGCGUUCGCAUCAUCGCAAGCACCGUCGAUCGCACAGGCACCGAAGGGACUCGGCUGGAGGAUCGGAUCACGACAGCACACGAGGCCGCAGCUACUCUGGCCAUCGAAGCUCCUCGAUGAGGAGUGGCAGUGCGGAACUCAUAGACUCCACUUCCCAAUGGAGGGAGGUUCAGAGGCGCCAGGCGGAGGCCAGCAUGGGCCAGAGCUCCGUGCAGCAGGCAGCCGUCUCCAAGAGCAGCAUGGUGGCCAGGAGCCUGCACAGCAACGACAGCCACUCGGACACCCACUCGCACCACAAGUCUAGGAGGCAUCGCAAGAACAAAUCCCCAUCGGAGUCUCGCAGUCGCAUGUGGAACAGUGAGCUGGCGAAGCACCUCCAAUUCGACUUGGUGGACACGGAGGGCAUGUCGGAGCAGCAGCUGAGGGAGAUCCCCUACACGGUGGUGGAGACCACUUCGAAGAGGUCCAAUUCCAACCUGAAGAUCCACAAGAGCAACAGCAAGAGCAGUGUGGGCGCCAAGAGCACGGGGUCGGGCAACACCAUCACCAAUGGCAGUGGAUCGGGCAACACAGGGCAGGCCAGGAAUCGAGUCGACCGCAUCAGAGGACUUUACUAUCAAAGCUCGCACCCACACGAUGCCAAUGGAGGCCCUGGAACUGGAGGACAUGCGCCCAAGAACGGUUCCAUACGAUCUGCCAGCACUAUAUCUUCGAGGGAGUGUGAAAGGAAUAAUGGUCUAGUUAGGAUGAUGUCCAGCAUGAGCAUGGGCGACUUUAUCUCGCCCACUGGCUCGAAUCUGAGUCCCUUGGAGAACUCAGCCUUGCGCGUUUCCCAUGAGCACACCGACUCUGGGCUGGGCGCUGAUCAGGACUAUGCAUACUCAUCGGAGAGAUCCAGCGACAGCACUCGCUACGGCACCAACAAAUCCUCUGGCGCCUCGAGCGGAUCGCACCGGAAGUCCGGGGGCAGUGCCGGCGGCAACUACAACAACCUGAUGCAGCAGACCGUGAGUAACCAGCAGCAGCAGCAGCGUUCGCUGUUCGCCCAGCAGCAACGCCAGCAGCAGAAGAGCACCUACAAAUACGCCACCUCCUCAUCAUCGUCCACUAACCCGGGCUCCCAGGGCUCCUCGGGCCUGGCGCCCGUCCACGGCUCCGGGUCGAGUUCCCAUCCGAGCCAGAACCCGAAUCAGAAUCCCAAUCCCAACAGCGCUACUAACUCUAACCAGCAGUCGCCGGCCAAUCGCCUGCUCCACUACACGACCUUCGAGAACAACCAGUACAAGUUCAGCCUGAACAAUGCGCUGGCCAGGGGCUCCAAGGGCGUGGUGAGUGGCGGGGGCAGCAUUAGCAAUCUGGCCGGGAACAUGGUAUCCUCUGGUGGUGGUCCAGGUGCUGGUGGUGGUGCUUUCAGCCGGCAGCGCAGCUUUGUGGAGUGGCCCAGCAAUCCGGCGUCGCCGUACUAUUACCAGGGGCCCUCGACGCAGGUGGCGCAAGUGAAGCGGCGGGACGCCAAGUCGGACAUCGGGGUGCCCACCAGGCGGCUCUCCGGGCAGAGUGUCACCAAGACGCAGCUCCUGACGGGCGGCGGCGGCGGGAACAAUCAGCUGGCCAACGCGGGCUGCUAUCCCCUGCACUACGCCAGCAGCAGUGUUUCGGGCGCGGGCUACAAUCGUCCCUUGGGUCAGAGGUCAGGUGGGAAUGGCGGCUCCUCCUCGGGAGGCUUCGGCCUGCAGCCAGCCAAGUCGGACCUCUUCUUGUCCUACAUACAUGGCGGGGAGUACGAGCGGCCCUACAUCUACAACUACAAGAUGCCGCAGAUGCCGGGAGGAGGUGGAGCGGGCGCAGGAGCAGGGGGUUCCCCCAAACAACAGACCACCGCUUACCACAUCUCGGGCUCGCAGACCGCAGAUCCGCCGCCACCUCCUCCGCCGCUCUACGGUGGAACGGCGCCCGCCACCGACGUCAUGUACUAUCAGUUCGACAAAGGAGCCGCCGUCGCCGGAGCUCCCUCAACGUCGACAGCCUCCGCGUCCUCGUCGCCGGCCAUGCCCAUUGUCCAGCAGCCGCGUCAGUCGGGCGGUCCAUUAGUGUAUCUGCAGCAUGGCCAGAAUGCGUCUGUGUCCGUGCCCAUGCCCCCGCCCGCGGAGGUGCAGCAGCCAACUGCGAUGUCGCACUCCUCAUCGCACUCCUGCAGCGAGGAGGACGAGGCCAUGAUUGUCCUGGAGGCCCUGCAGAUGGAGCACGCCCAGACCACCAACGACGAGACCGAGGACACCGAAGACGACGAGGCCGCCGAGGCCGAGGACAUGUUUGAUGCGGAUGCUCCUUUGAUGUCCCCCACGGGCAGUCACAAUAGCUCCGGCAACAGCAACAACAACAACAACAGCAUCAGCAGCGGCAACUGCCCCAGCAACAACAACAACGGCAGUGGUCGUCAGUCGAGCACAUCGAGCAAUAUUAAUUUCGAUAAUUGCAAUGCGAAUGUGUACAGUGGUCAGCCGGCGAAGCAACUAGGGCCAAUUACCAGCGGCAGCCAAACGUUAAAUUGUCCCUCAUUGAACGCAAAUACGAAUACAAACACGAAUCUGAAUCUGAAUCCGAAUCUGAACCCAAGUAGCCACACCACCAAUAGUCACUCCAAUAGCCCGGCGAAUGCGAAUGCGAUUCCCCCACCCAACACCACCACCUCUAGCAACAAUGUCACAGGUGCAACAGCAGCAAGUGGCACGGCGGCAACAUCAACUGCCAGCCUGCAACAAAAUCAAAACAUUUCCUCCAGCUUAGAGAUAAUCCUUUCGCCAAUUAUCCAAAGUAGUCGACGGUAAGUUUUAUUUUCAGUUGCUUUCGGUUCGUCCUGUUGUUCUGUUUGUUUCUGUUCGAGUAGGUACAACCUAUUUUCGUUUCCGUAGCUAACAAGAAAUAAUACCCCCACCAAUACCUAUACCAGUACCGAUAGCGACCUUUGACCUGCAUGUUAAAACGGAAAUGAAGCAAGAGAAGUGACUUUACCUUUAGAUGAAAUGCAGUUUUUGCUACCCAGUUCGAUCGAAGUCGAGUUAUUGUGUGUAUCUGCUAUUGUUAAGGUUGCAUUCGAGUUUUAGCUUUGAGAUGUUGGCAGACAAUAUAAUGAGUUGAAUGCCCUUUGUUUCCCCACCCCACCCCACUCGUUUUCCCUCCAUUGAACGGCGCGGGAAAUUUAAGGAAAAACGCCCGUCAGCUCCCCCGAAAAACACAGAUACACGAAGCAUCUCCUUUAAGUGCGCGAAAACAGAACGAAACGAAAACAUUAUAAAUUAUGUAUUAAUGUGCCCGUUAGGCCCACGCAACGCGGAAAUGUCGAGGAUGUCGAGGAUGUCGGGACCUCCCAGCUGCCAAUUUUCAAUUGCCUCUGGGCCAAGAUAACAAUCGACUUGGGGGCCAAAACAAUGGCGCAAAAGCCUCUCAGGCAAACAUUCAUUUUCAUUUCAAUUUCACUUGCCGGGCUCCUUCGGCCUGCUUUCGUUCUGGAUUUACAUUUGAUUUGACUGCCUUUCCCCCAUUUUUCCUCGACAUUUUUCCGCUCGGCGGGGCAACACAGAAACGCACAAAUAUUUAUGUAAGCUAGGAAAUUCGACAGCCUAUUUACAAAUGAAUAGGUUAAUGUCAUCGGGGUGGAAUCUGAGUCUGAAACAGCCGGCCGUGUUUUGUUUACGAGCCAAACUUGGGGCAAAUUGACUUUAAACAUGUCAAUUUAAAUUUCGGGACUCCCCACACCUCCACCCUCGUUAGCCCGGGAAAGUAUGCUACGGCCGGGCACAGAAAUAUUACUCAUACGCCGCAUUGCACGCAGCCAUUGAAGCUACAAAUGACAAUUUCACAACGAAUUAACCGCCCAGCCAACCAGACAGCCAGCCCUCGUCAUCCCAAUGGAUGUGGGGGCCCGGGACAUUUAUUGCGAGCCGGGAAUUGCAAGCAAAUGACCUUCAAACUCGAUAAGCGAAAACAAAACAAGCGAAAGUGCUAAAAAUAUACAUAAUUUUCAGGGAUACAAAGACAAAGUCCCUCACACAUGCCAGCCGGAAAAUAUGAUAGGACACCGAAAGCACACCCACAGUCGCACAUUAAAAUAUAUGUACGUGGGGCCGGGCAAAUGAUAUUUCUGCCGGCUCGAUGGCCCGGUGCCAAUGUUUCGGGCCCCGACCCGCACAUAAAUACAAAUUUCCACAAAACAACAGGCCACAAAACAAAAUAAACCCCCAAAAAAUAAGCGAUGAAAGCAAAAAGGCGCAAUGGUGGCAGCCAGUGAAAAUACAAAAAGUGAAACAACAACCGGGCUAGAAAGCAUUUCAUAUCGUAGAAAUACUUUGGAGCCAAAUAAACAACAUUUCGCAGAAGCACAAAAAAAGGCAUACCAAACAGUUGAAAGGGAAAAUGGCUGGCCUGCGGCGUUUUGGGGACCUCGGGUUACUCUCUAUUUGAUUAAGAUAAAUAUUUGGGGUCAUCUAAUAUUUACAAAGUUUUCCGCUGCAAGGGAUACUUGUUUGAUAUCAACAAGCAAUAGUACAGUCAUUACUGUCAGAGAACAUUUCCUCGAAAUGUAUGAAAUGUAUCAACACUGUACUGAUUGUUUAAAGUUUGUUAAGAGUUCUAAUGUUAUUUUUUCCUUUGUGAGGUCCUAACUUAUGUCCCCUCCUUGAAAGGGUAUAUCCACAAGGGGUCUGCGUGCUCGACCUUGGUACAACGACAGUUCUUGUUUUAGAUUAAGCCCCGAUCCCAGCAACCCCUUGGCCCCCGGAACUCGGCCAUUUGGAGCCCAUCGCGACUUGUAGCUAGGCCACACGCCACCAGCAGCAACAAAGGGACUCGGGAAACUUUACGCAUUUUUGUCACAGAAGGAAAUAGAAAACGAAAAGGAAAAGUGCUGAAAAUGUGGAAAGUGCCCGAGUGGCAAUCGUAAAUUUGACGCACAUUUCUGCCCGAGGGCGGAGAGAUAAGCUUAUGAAUGGCUGUAUAAAACUCACCCCAUUGCCACACACAUAAUGGGGAGCGAUGGCUUUUCCCUUGCAGGAUUUCUUUUUGGUUUAUGAUUAAAUUAAGUAAUUAUUUGUGGUGCGGCGCCGACUGAAAUGAUAAAAAGUAUUCAAUUUGUGGCAGUUGCGGCGAUAAAACUGGAUUUACUGCGGCCAUAAACUGCGUGGCGGCACUUGAACUAUAUUUUUUGUAAACUUACUUCGGAUUUAAGAGCACCACAACGCAUACGCACUGUAGUCGCUAGAGCAAACUAACCAGCUACACUCACAACCACACACCACACACACUCACCUAUACCCACACUUACAUUACCGAGCACUAGAAAACUUAAAUGAGAAAAUCGAAUCAACAAGGAAACUUUUUCUAACAUGUGCAAAUAUUUUCUUCUCUUCUCGCCCACCCCCGAAAACCCUCUUUUCCCCACUUUAUUUUCAUGCCAUGCAAAUGCAACUACCACAAAACUACAAUGCAAACGGCAGAGCGCAAUUGUAAGCGAAAUGAGCACAGAGUUGUGAGAAUUAGCUAAAUUUAAUUUGCAAUAGCCAAAGCCCGCCGACCAUGCCCCUGCCGCAGGAGUGAGCUGCGCCUCCAACCCGCCGCCCACUGCCUUCUGCAAACUUUGGUUGCAGCAACAGCAACAGCAGCAGCAUCAGCAGCAGCAACAUCAGCAAU